AUGCAAAAUAAUUGUGAUCAAUAUAUAUCAUUGGAUCGUCUCGAUUCACUCAUUUAUUUGGAUUGUUUUAUUAAUGAAGUACUUCGUCAUUCUCCAACAACUGAUGGAACAGGACGUACAGUGAUGAGCAACGACUGUUUACCCAAUAGUGGUACUCAACUCUACAAAGGUGACCACCUGAUUAUUCCGACAUCUGCUCUUGCUCGAGAUUCUCGUCAUUGGAAAAUCGAUCCUAACUUAUUCUAUCCAGAAAGAUUUCUUAAUGAAGAUAAAAAUUAUCAUCCAUAUGCAUUCCUACCAUUUGGAGGAGGUCAUCGUCAAUGUCUUGGACAAGAGUUGGCUCGAUUCGAACUCAAAGUAAUUCUAGCUCGUAUGCUGCAACAAGUAACAUUUGGUGAUGGUGGUCCUGAAGUCAAUGCCGGUGGAUCUAUUCAAUCAUUGACUAUCAUGCCAAAACAUGUUGGUGUCACUAUUGAAUUCAAUUGA